AUGGAUGAUGAUAGCCGCAUGAGUGACACGUCGAGCAUGCGGAAUCGAGGACAGAGACAAGCGGCGUCGACGGUGGGGGACAUGGACGGCGCAGGCGAUGUAUCCUCUCUCUCGGAAUCGCGCGUGCGUCCGCAGUUGCGCUGCAACGCGUGCUGGGAGCCCAUUCUGCCUGACGCGCAGUCGGCCGAGACGUGCUACCGCACAAGCUGCGGUCACUUGUUCUGUGAGAAAUGCGCCUACAAACACUUCGGACAGGGGCGACUCGAGUGUCCUGCCUGUCAAGUCGAUCUGAGUCAAGCACGUGGCGGGAUCUCUGAAACGACGAUCCAUGGCGUUGCAGACCCCAAAAGGACGGAGGCCAUUUGGGAAGAAAUGAUGGCCGAUCCAUCGUCAUGCUUCGAGCAUUUUCAGCAAGCAUUGGAUUUUAUCUUGUUCCAGCUGGCACAAGACUCAUUCAGACAGGUGAGCGGCUAUUUUCAGGCUUUUGAUGAAGAAAUUAGACGUCAACAAGCCGAGGAACAAAGGACGUUUCAAGUUCAACAUGGGGAAAAGUAUAUUCAGCUGAAGACUUACACCGACCAGCUUGAAGCAGAACUUCGUGAGACAAAGUCAAAGAUGCAAACUCUGACGAGCUCAAACGACGAGCUUCGCGAGGCAUACAAAGAGAAGUCGCGAAAAUGCCGGAACUGGGAAAAAAUGUGCAAGACACUCAAAUCACAAUCAGGUUCUCGGCAACUCCCAUCACCUACCCGUUCUACGAUGGGAAUGCUACAUCAGGACGGUGGUCCACUUGUCUCGCAAGCCAGCCAAUUUAGCCGUCCUUCGAUGAGACCGAUGACCAGACCUUAUGCAGUGGAAGCGCCUAGCUCGUCGAUGCGUAAUCCUAUGGGGAAUAUGGGGAUUCCUGAAACAGCACGGACGAUCCAGAGGCCAAAUGUUGGCAUGUUCGACCACUUUUCUAGACCCCAAAUCGGUGGAUCACUGCGCCCUCCCGUCCAGCCUCUCGGAGGGUCAAGAACUCGAAUAGUUCGUCCAAAAACGCCGCUGCAGGCUUCGCAGCGAGUGAAUUUCAUCUCAAAGAGGCCGACUUUUCGAAUGUGA